AUGGCCCAAGACAACUCUGCAAAUAAGACCAUGGAAGUAAGUUGUAGGCGCAGGCGCACCAAAUUCACAGAGGAGCAGUUGAAAAUUCUCAUCAAUGCCUUCAACCAAAAACCUUACCCAAGUUCUGCUGCCAGGCGACAACUUGCUUUAAAAGUCAACACUGAAGAGUCUAGAAUCCAGAUGUGGUUUCAGAAUCGAAGAGCUAGGCAUCCAUUCCCAAAAAGAUCUGAGGAGAACACAGACGCAAGCCAAGACCAAGCUCACCCAUCAGAGAAGAUUCAAAGUAGAGGAGACAGACGAUGUCGGACCAGCUACUCACCCUCCCAGUUACAAACGCUCAUCAAGGCAUUUGUGGACAACCCUUAUCCUGGGAUUAGUUGCAGAGAGGAACUUGCUGAAGAAACUGGGGUUCCAGAGUCAACAAUCCAGACUUGGUUUCAGAAUCGAAGAUCUAGACUCUACACCCAGAAAAAAGGAGACCCCGAGGAAACUUCAGACGAAGGUCAAGACCAGGGCCAAGAUCUCCAAAGUGAGACAACGCAAGGUACCAACCCCAGUCUCCGGUUGGGUCUGCGGAGCGCCCAGGCCUUCCCCGGGGCCCCUCAGCCCCAGCUUCCUCUGGCGGGGGUGGGCGAUGCCUCCACUCCACGGAGUCGGGCGAUGGGUCACAGUCCCUAA